CAAGACAGAGAACGUAAAUACAUUCUGUGCAACAACAACGCAAAAAAUAUUUUGACAGCGAAAACUGCAGUUGCAUCUCAUAUUUUCAGCGAUUUUAUUAUAAUGAAAAGUUCGGAAUCGCUGUUAUAGAAAUAUUGUGAAAUUAAAUACAAACCAAUCACACAGAAUAAAGAUAAGGAUAAGGAAGGCAUCGGAAAGGGGACUACAAAUUGUAUAAACAAUAAAAAGUGAGCAAAGUGGACAAGCUUGAGCUGGAGCUGGAUUCUUUGCGCUAUAUACAUCAAGAAUUGCCAACCUUGCAAAAUGCCUAUUUUAUAUAGUGUUAUAUCCCGAGGUAGCACUGUGCUGGCUAAAUAUGCAGAGUGUGUGGGCAACUUUGCAGAAGUCACCGAACAAAUAAUCUCUAAAAUCGCGAUUGAGAAUCAUAAAUUGACUUACUCGCACGGCGAAUACUUAAUACAUUAUAUAUGUGAAAAUCGCAUUAUCUAUAUGUGCAUUACAGACAACGAAUUUGAUCGUGCACACGCCUUCCUCUUUCUGUCUGAUAUUAAGCAGAAAUUUAUACAAACUUAUGGAUUGCAAGUGGCUACAGCCAUUGCAUAUGCAAUGAAUACCGAAUUUUCUAAAGUUUUAUCCCAACAAAUGGCUCAUUUUAGUCAAUCGCGCGAGGUGGAUAUGAUUUCUCGGGUGCAUGGACAAAUUGACGAAUUGAAAGACAUAAUGGUGAAAAAUAUAGAUAGUCUUCGUGAUCGAGGUGAAAGACUGGAAUUGCUUGUAAAUAAAACGGAAAAUUUAAGUAAUAAUUCUGUUGCAUUCCGCAAAGCUUCUCGCAAUUUAGCCCGACAAAUGUUCUGGAAGAAGGUACGCCUCUACGUAGUGGUGGUACUAAUAAUAAUCUUUGUCAUCUAUGUGAUCAUAAGUAUGUUCUGUGGUGGCCUCGCAUGGCAGAGCUGUAUAAGAAACUAAGUUCGAGCGCCAUAAAAGUUGCAUAUAAAAAAUGUGUCUCUAAAUACAUUUUAAUGUAUAAUCGUUUUUGGUAUAUUUCAAUACAAUUAAAAUACCUGUUUUUAUGUCAUCACAUUUUAUGUAAUCUUUAUUUUAAUGCAUGCCAAAUUGUAUCUCUAAUUUUGAACAAAAUUGUAUUCCGAACGAACGAAUGCGCAAAGCGUUGGUAGAUGGGUCAUUUGUAGAGUUCAAUGUAUGAAAA